UAUUAAUGUAAUAAAGAAAAAGGCUAAAUUGGAUUUAUAAGAAUUAUUACGAUAAUAUAAUGAUGUGGAUAGUUUGUUGUCGUAAACAGGAAUCAAAAAGAAACAGAAAAAAAGAUAAUUACGAACUGAAUCAAAAGUACUCUCUCAAUUGUUAUUGUAAAGGAAAUAGUGACAGUGAAGUUGAUGAUGAUAAUCAAGAAGAUGAUAAUUGUAAACUCCAAAAUGAUACAAACGUUCAUUCGAAAAUAGAGGGUGAUACUCAUGACAAUACUGGAAAUGGAUAUUAUCCAAGACAAGAGAGAAGAAGUCUACCUGAUGUUGUGAUACCUUCAACAAAUUUAACUGUAAACCAAUAUAUUACGUCAGCAUCAAUUCAAAGACCUAGUUUACAGAUUGACUAUGAAACUGGACGAAGACCAACAAUUGUAUUGGAAACUAAAGCUAGAUUAGCUGAAUCGGAAAGUAUUAAUUUGGAUGGUAGUUAUUCUCCUGAUUUUUUCAACAAAAAAUUUGUCAGUAAUGAUUUAAAAUUAAAUGAAAGACAUAGUGAUUCUAUGUUAGGCAAACGAAGAGCUCACAGUCUAAUUUCAGCAAAUCAACAACAAUUAACAGUUAGUCAUAAAGUGCUUCAAGCUAGAAAAUCGGAUUCUUCUCGAAGUGGUGAUCAUGGGAAAAAGAUAACUUCCAAAAAGAGACUUAGUCUUUUGAAAGUGAAACCUUUAAAACGUUUUCAUAAAUCGAAGGACAGUUUAAAUUCAGUCAGCUCACAAAAAUGUAACAUAGCCAAUAACAAAGUAAACUUGAUACCUACUAUAACACAUGAUUUAUCUAGUAGUUUUAAAGCGAAAUCCUCAUUGAAACAUAUUAAACAUUCAAAGUUACUUUCACCAAUUAAAUUAUCUUACGAAAAUAUUGUUACACCAAAGGAUCAUGAUAAUCAUGAAAGUUGUUCUGAACUACCAGAGGAUAGUUUGGGACAGUUGCCUAUUCCAAUGAAUUCCAUGUUCAGGCAUUUCCAAACACGUAGUCCUAAUUUACAUCAUAUGACAACUAAUUCUAGAACUGCUGUAUUAAGACGUGGUUCUCUUUGUAUUUUUAGUCAACCCGAUGAACCUAUUGUAACACCAUUUGCUCAAAUUUUGGCUAGUUUGAGAAAAGUUCGAGCUAAUUUCAUUUUGUUGACAAAUGUAACAAGUACAAGAGAUUCGCGGUUCGGAGCUGUUCAAUCAAUACAAUCUGCUGAAGACGAAAAUAGCUCUUCACAUUUAGAUUACAAUAGUGGUUGUAGUGUCGGACAAAAUAAGGUUACAGCCAGUGAAACAUUGAAAGAACUUGAAUGGUGUUUAGAAAAAUUAGAAAAUAUACAAACUCAUCGAUCUGUUAGCGAUAUGGCAUCGAGUAAAUUUAAGAAAAUGUUAAAUAAAGAACUAAGUCAAUUUGCUGAUGCUGGACAAAGUGGCAAACAAAUAUCAGAAUAUAUUUGUUCAACAUUUUUAGAUUCAAAAGAAAAUGAUUCAUUAACCACAAGUCCUCCAUCAGUGAUACCACAUCAUCAUACACAUGGAAUCAUGUCUAACAGUAUGCAUAAAGAUAGUUCACUGAAUAAUAAUCCGAAUAAUCAUUCCGAAAUUAAUACAUCUAGUACAUCUAGUAUGUAUAUAACAAAAAUUGUUGAACCCCGUGAAAUAACUACUACUACUUCUACUACUUCUGCUACUACCACUACUACUACAACAAUAGGGACUGAUAUUGUUAAUGAUACUGUAAUAACAUUGACCAGUAGUAGUAGUAAUAAUACCAAUAGUAAUAUUCCUAGUAUAAUUAUGAGUACAACUACAGCUAUUGAAUCGACUACACUGUCAAAAUUCUCCUCAUCACUUUCAACACUAUCAUUAAAAUCCAAUAGUAAUAUGAAUGUUAAUGAAAAUACUGAUGAUGUUGAGAAUAAAACUAAUGCAAUGCAUAAAUCUACACAUGAAAAUACUCAGACUGUGUCAAUUCCUUCGUCUAGUUCAUCUCCUCCACAAUUGCAUCUUAUUCAUCAAUCGCAUAAUGAUGGUGAUAAAAACAAUUCGAUGCAUAGUAGUUCACAAACACAAUUAGUACCAUUUACAAUGAAUUCAAUAAAUCCUAAAAAACUUGAAAAUCUUUUACAAACAUCUCUUGAUCUUUGGGGUAUUGAAAUAUUUGAAGUGGAUCAGUUAACUGCUAAUCCAUUAACGUGUAUAUUUUAUAAUAUUGUACAGAAAAGAAAUCUUUUUCAAAAAUUUUCUAUACCUGAACGUAAUUUACUUUUAUAUAUGACUGCCGUUGAAGAGAAAUAUAAUGAUAAUCCAUAUCAUAAUCGUAUUCAUGCGGCUGAUGUUGUACAGUCAACACAUGUCUUAUUAAAUGCACAAUCAUUAGAGUCUGUAUUUACAGAUUUAGAAAUUUUCACAGUUCUAUUCGCUUGUGCUAUUCAUGACGUCGGUCAUCCAGGUGUUACAAAUCAGUAUUUAAUCAAUACAAAUGAUAAAUUAGCAAUUUUAUACAAUGAUUCAUCUGUAUUGGAAAAUCAUCAUUUAGCUAUAGCAUUUUCGUUAUUGGGUAAUCCAGGUCAUGAUGUUUUUGAGAAUUUUCCACGUAAACAACGACUUAGUUCUAGGCGCAUGAUUAUUGAUAUGGUUUUAGCUACAGAUAUGUCCAAACAUAUGAGUUUACUUGCCGAUUUGAAAACAAUGGUUGAAACGAAAAAAGUUGCUGGAUCCGGUAUACUUACAUUAGAAAAUUAUAUUGACAGAAUACAGAUUUUACAAAAUAUGGUACAUUGCGCUGAUUUAAGUAAUCCAGCUAAACCACUAGAUUUAUAUAGACAAUGGACUAAUCGUGUUAUGGAAGAACUUUUUCAACAAGGCGAUAAAGAACGUGAAUUAGGCAUUGAAAUCAGUCCAAUAUGUGAUCGAAAUACAGCAACUAUCGAGAAAUCACAGGUAAGCUUUAUUGAUUAUAUUGUUCAUCCAUUAUGGGAAACAUGGUCGGAUUUAGUUUAUCCAGAUGCACAAACUAUCUUAGAAACACUGGAGGACAAUCGUGAAUGGUACUAUAGUCAAAUUAAUGAAGACAAUAAUAAUAAUAACAAUACAGAAAAUGAUGAGAGUAUUGAUCAAAACCAGUAGAAAAUAUAUGAUGUGUAUGCAUAUUUAUUUUGAAUUUCACAUUGUUGAAUUUGAUUUAUGUCUAAGUAAUGAAGUGAUCAUAUACAAAUAGCAUUUAUUGAAUUCGCCCACACAAUUUUUUCCAUAUUAACUGGCGAUUAAAUGAGUUUUUACUUCUCUUCUUCAUGUUAAAUAAAAUGAUUUUAUUAAAUAAAAAUGUAUAGUUACCAUUUUAUGCAAAUCUAUGUGUACAAUACUGAGAUUGAUGUACAUUGAAAUGUCAUAUAAUCCUUAAUCGCACAUUUAGUAUUUAUUCAAAACAUUUUACAAUUGGAUUUCGUCUAUUGCACUAGAUAGAUAUUUAUGAACAAACAACUGAACAUAUUAUAUAUCUAUCAUGUAUUUUUCUUACUCAAUUCCUCAAAAUAACAGCGUCAUUUUAAAGCAUGAUAGACUGUCGACAAUUACAUUUAUUUAAUUCCGUUUCUGUUAGACACAUCUCUGAAGGGGAAAAGUUUCUCACAUCUUCUACUGUAUUUAUUGUACACGUUGUUCAAUUUCUUACUCCCUACUACAAUCUCUCUCUCUGUCUUUACCUUGAGUUGAAAGAUUUAUACUGCAUAUAACGACGUCUAAAAGUGACAGCGACCAGACGUAAAUUUAAAAAAAAAAGGGGGGGGAAAUAUAUUCAGAAAAACCUACUAUCUUUCAUCACUGGAUUAAACUGUUUUAUAUACAAGAAAACUGUAAAGCAAAAAUACAAUAGCUGAGGCUUGUAAGUUUUCGAUAGUCAUCCUCAUAUCCUUUACAAUAUAAUAAUGAUGUUGCUUGUUUUAUCACUUUUAUUUUUCAUACAAAUAUUUUAAUAUGAAUAGCAAUAGCGAUAAUAAUAAUAAUCAUCAUAAAAAGGAUAGGAUAAAAAAAAAGGAUUUUUAUUUUGUCAUUCACUUCAUCAUAUAAUUGUUGUGAGCCUAUUUCAAUUGUUGGUUUCUGUACUCAGGAGCUCCCUUCAACCUUACAAAUACAACAUCUAAACAUUAAUUUUAAUUGUAUAUCAUAGGGAUUUUCAUUUUCUUUUAUUUUUAAAGAAAAAACAAUAACUAUGUACAUGUACUUGUGUAUGUAUUGUGAUUGCAUACUGCUUAAAAAUCGACAACCAAUCACAAUUUCAUAUACAUACAAUUCUCAUCAGUAUUCUAGUCUUUGACACACACUACACAAGCAUAUUUCUCGAUCAAAAAAUGAUCAAAUGUGAUAAGCAAUUGUCUUGAUUUAUUAUUAUUAUCAUUAAAUGUUCAUAAUAUUAUUUAUCAAAUAUAAGUGUGAAACCAGUAAAAGGUAUGUAAAAUUAUUUUUGAACGGAUCAAGUGAUGCAUAUUUUGUUUGAAAUGUAUUUACAUCUUACUGUUUUCCUAUUAAUUAAUUACUGUUAUUCAUAAUUUUAUUGACUUUUCCAAAAUUUUUAAAUAUUUUUUUUCGCCCUGACUUUUCUUCACCAUUGCGUAUACAUUGACACACUAUGUGUGAUAAUACCAAGGUAUAGAGAAGAUAAAUGUCAAAGAGAUUCAGUGAAAAUUGACAAAGACAAAAAUGGAAUGAGAGUAAAUAAAAAACUCUUUGACAUUUAUUCCUUUUUUUUUGUUGUUUUUACGUUUUACUUUGCUCCCUCCCCCUGUGCCCGCCUCUUGUCACAGUGAAAACGAAAUGUGUACAAAACAUGUGCAUGACAUUAAAUUUACUUUCCUAGAAAAACAAAAUCAGCAUAACCGUCAGUAAAAAAAAGUCAAAUAAAAUAAAGCGAAACUAUCAGAAGAAAUCUAAUUCACCAGGCAACGGCAUUAAACCAUCAUG